GCUUAGCUCCAGAGUGUGUGCGCCUGCGUGUGUUGUGUGUGUGUGUGAGGAAAAACCACAACCCUCUGUUUUCCAGAGCUGCAGUGCUACAGGAGUCCCACUUCUUUCCAGCCCUGGUUUUUUGUUUUUCUUUUUUCUCUCUAUUGCCAGCAGCAGCAGCAAGCUAUUGCUUACAGGUUGGGUAGGCUGCGAAAAGGCUCGCCUGUUGUGGUUGUGGUUGUGCCUUGUUGCCUGAGGGAGCUACCAAGCAAGCAUCGCCUUUUUGCCUUCCCUUUGGACCCCCCUUUGCCAGAGCUGCUUCUUUUGCAAGGAGGAGGAGGAGGAGGAGGAGGAGAAGCUUUCCAAAAGGGAACCCUCCUGGAGCAGGUUUUUCUUCUUCUCUUCUUCUUCUUCUUCUUCAGACCUAUUCCUUCAGAGCUUUUUGUUGUUAAUGGUGAAAGCUCAUCUAUUCAUGGGGCUGAAAAGUGCGAGCAGAUCUACCAAAAGAGAAGCACAUCAAGCUAUUUGUUACCACAGUUUCCACCUGUGGUCAGGCAUUCUUCACUUCCACAAGUCAGAAGGUCAAUAAAAAUGGAAGCCUCUUCUUCUGGAUCUAUUAUAUUACCAGCUCCAGUUGGGAAACCAAUUACUCAUCAACCAGAAGGAAGAGAGCAUUAUCAAGGUCAUCAACUGGAAACACAAAUACCAAUAAGGCCUGAUGCUCAGAAGAGAGAUGUGGACUUUUCAGAAAUUCUUAAUGCAAUACAAGAAAUAGCCAAGGAUGUCAAUAUUUUCUUUGACGAAUUAGAAGGCAUAAGCAGCCCUUCCAAAGAUGAUGAUUCUUUGCUUCACCAUGGUAACUUGACCAGUAUGUCAGAUGAUACUAGCAGACUGGAGGCAGUGGGAGAGGGAAUACCAGAAAAAAAUAAAUCCAGUGGGCUGUAUUUUAGGGAUGGAAAAUGUCGGAUUGACUACAUCUUGGUGUACAGAAAAUCCAACCCACAAACUGAGAAGAGAGAAGUGUUUGAACGAAAUAUCAGAGCAGAAGGUCUUCAAAUGGAGAAAGAGUCAUCUUUAUCAAACAGCGACAUCAUCUUUGUGAAGUUGCAUGCUCCAUGGGAAGUGCUGGGCAAAUAUGCUGAGCUUAUGAAUGUAAGAAUGCCUUUCAGGCCCUUUAACCCCUUCACUGCUGGACUCCCCUGCAUUCUCGUGCCCUGCUGUUUUUUAAAUGGACACUUCUUUGAAAACAGUGGAAGGUCCAGAAGAUCCAGGAGAAAAAUCUAUUACCUGCACCGCCGGUACAAGUUCCUGAACAGAAUCGAGAAACAGUUAAGCAGGUUUCGAGGAUGGUUACCUAGAAAGCCGAUGAGGUUGGACAAAGAAAGGAUGCCAGACUUGGAGGAGAAUGACUGCUACACUGCUCCAUUCAGUCAGCAUAGGAUUCAUCACUUCAUCAUCCACAACAAAGACACUUUCUUCAGCAACGCUACAAGAAGUAGAAUUGUCCAUCAUAUUUUACAGAGAGUGAAAUAUGAGGAAGGAAAAAAUAAAGUUGGACUGAAUCGAUUGCUUACAAAUGGCUCCUAUGAAGCUGCAUUUCCUCUUCAUGAGGGUAGUUACAGAAGUAAAAAUUCCAUAAGAACCCAUGGGGCAGAAAACCACAGGCAUUUACUUUAUGCGUGCUGGGCUUCAUGGAGAGCAUGGUAUAAGUACCAGCCUUUGGAUCUUGUACGGCGGUAUUUUGGUGAGAAAAUUGGCUUGUACUUUGCCUGGUUAGGCUGGUACACAGGAAUGCUCUUCCCAGCUGCCUUCAUUGGACUGUUUGUCUUUUUGUAUGGAGUAGCCACACUGAACCACUGCCAAGUCAGUAAAGAAGUCUGUCAAGCUACAGAGAUUAUAAUGUGUCCUAUCUGUGAUAAAUACUGUCCGUUCAUGAGGUUGUCAGAUAGCUGCAUUUAUGCCAAGGUGACGCACCUUUUUGACAAUGGAGCUACAGUCUUCUUUGCUGUUUUCAUGGCAGUGUGGGCAACUGUUUUCUUGGAAUUUUGGAAACGGAGGAGAGCAGUAAUUGCUUAUGACUGGGACUUGAUAGAUUGGGAAGAAGAGGAGGAAGAAAUACGUCCUCAGUUUGAAGCCAAGUACUCCAAGAAAGAGAGAAUGAACCCAAUAUCUGGAAAGCCGGAGCCUUAUCAAGCAUUUGCAGAUAAAUGCAGCAGAAUUAUUGUUUCUGCAUCUGGAAUAUUUUUUAUGAUCUGUGUGGUGAUUGCUGCUGUUUUUGGCAUUGUUAUUUACCGUGUUGUGACUGUCAGCACUUUUGCUGCCUUUAAAUGGGCUUUAAUCAGGAAUAACUCUCAGGUUGCAACUACUGGAACUGCUGUCUGUAUCAACUUUUGCAUCAUCAUGCUACUGAAUGUUUUGUAUGAAAAGGUUGCUCUUUUUCUGACAAACUUAGAGCAGCCUCGUACUGAAUCAGAGUGGGAGAAUAGCUUCACAUUGAAAAUGUUUCUUUUUCAAUUUGUCAAUCUGAACAGUUCUACCUUUUAUAUAGCAUUCUUCCUUGGAAGAUUUACAGGUCACCCAGGUGCCUAUUUGAGGCUGAUAAACAGAUGGAGACUAGAAGAGUGCCAUCCCAGUGGAUGCCUUAUCGAUCUCUGUAUGCAAAUGGGUAUUAUAAUGGUGCUAAAGCAGACUUGGAACAACUUCAUGGAACUAGGAUACCCGUUAAUUCAGAAUUGGUGGACUAGACGAAGAUUGCGUCAAGAACAUGGUUCACUACGAAAAGCAAGCUUCCCACAAUGGGAGAAAGACUACAACCUUCAACCUAUGAAUGCCUAUGGACUCUUUGAUGAAUACCUAGAAAUGAUUCUUCAGUUUGGAUUCACAACUAUCUUUGUGGCAGCUUUUCCACUUGCUCCACUUCUGGCCUUACUUAACAAUGUUAUAGAAAUUCGUCUUGAUGCUUACAAAUUUGUUUCACAGUGGAGACGGCCACUAGCUUCAAGAGCCAAAGAUAUAGGAAUCUGGUAUGGAAUUCUAGAAGGCAUAGGAAUUCUCUCUGUCAUCACAAAUGCAUUUGUUAUUGCUGUAACUUCAGAUUUCAUCCCCCGGCUUGUUUAUGCUUACAAAUAUGGACCAUGUGCAGGACAAGGGGAGGCUGGACAAAAGUGUAUGGUUGGCUAUGUCAAUGCAAGUUUAUCAAUAUUUUUAGUGUCUGACUUCGAACGCCGUUCAGAACCAUCAUCAAAUGGAAGUGAAUUUUCUGGCUCACCAUUAAAAUACUGCAGGUACAGGGACUAUCGUGACCCCCCACAUUCUCCAAUGCGCUAUGGAUACACACUACAGUUCUGGCAUGUCUUAGCUGCACGGCUGGCUUUUAUUAUUGUUUUUGAGCACCUCGUGUUUUGCAUAAAACACUUGAUUUCCUAUUUAAUCCCAGACCUUCCCAAAGAUUUGAGGGAUCGUAUGAGGAGAGAAAAAUAUCUGAUUCAGGAAAUGAUGUAUGAAGCAGAAUUGGAGCGACUCCAGAAAGAACGGAAGGAAAGGAAAAAGAAUGGAAAGUCUUAUCACAAUGAAUGGCCAUAACUAAACUGGUUCAACAAGAACACUACCUUCAAGAGAAUGGAAAAAAAUGCAAUCUCAAUGCAUGCCACAAUAUGAAAUAGCAAACAGGAGAGAACAUUUCAAGGAGUUAACAACUGUGAAAUCAUUUUUGCAAUCUAGUAUACGAUUGCUAUUCAUAGACCAUUCCAGGCAAAAAAAGAAAAAGAAAAGAAGAAGCAGCAGCAUGUUAGUCCGGUUUUUAAAAUCAAAAAAACUUGUAUACCGUGGACUAUUUUUCAGCCUGUUUGCUACUCUUUUGCAUUAUGUUCCAUCUCACUUUUUCAACUCUUCAUAACAGUAAAUAUACAUACAAAUCUGAAUACUUUAGCAAUGCCUACUACAAUAGCAUUUCCUACCAAGGUACCAUAUAUAUCAGACACACUGUUUACAAAACAUAUUACAUGUUUUUGUUUAUAUUUGGGAGGGGAGGUGUUAUAUCAUAUAUAUGUAUAAUAUAUAUAAAGUAUAUAGAGAUUGUUUAUUUGUAAAUAGCAAAGAAUAAAAUAAACCUAUGGUGAAGAAUGUCAAAAUUUCACUUUAAAAAUAUCAUCUAUGUAAAGCCAUCUUUAAUGCUUCUAUAAUGUGAAACAAUAAACUUUAAAUA